AUGUCUACUGACGCUAUGUAUAUGAAUAGCCCUCAUGUACUGAGGGCAUCAGGAAAGCAUACUAAUAGGACAAGCCAUGUGACAAAACUGGAUAAGCAACGUAUACAGCAGAAUGAUAAGGGUUCCAACAAAUCAAAAAAUGGUCAGGUCGCCAUCAGUGUACCUAAAACUCAGGUACUACCUAAUGGUGAAAAACCAGAUUUUGGAAACUCAAAUUCUACAAGGAAGUCGAAAAAUGGAACCCAGAAAAAGGGAGGAGCUAAGGAACAGAAGGAUGUGACAAAGGGAUUAAGGAGCCUACGUCUACCAGAUGAAAAGACUAAGAGUUCGAGGCAGCAACAACAAAAGGAAAAGGAAACUCAAAGUACUAAGAGUCAGAGUUCUAGGCCAAGGUCAAACUCGAAUGCAAGUGCUGGUUUAAAUUCGAGUUCGACUCCAAUUUCUUCAACCCCUCCAACUGUCCCCACCUCACCACUGGAAAAGCCGGCUGCAGCCAUUCCUAAUGUCACUCCUUUAAUGGCACCAGGAGCUAUUCCAGUACCACCACCUUUAACAGGCUUGCCAAAUCUCAUGCCAAAUUCAAUACCACAUCCACUCCCACCUCCACCUACAGGUGUCCAACCUUUACCCAUGCAGCCACCUCUCUUUGGUGGUCCUGGAUACCCCUACGGUAACUACGCAGUGAGACCUAUGCCCUACAUGAACCCUCAGACACCAUCGCCGGUGGUUAGCCAAAUGUAUCCACAGAUACCACUGCCAAUGAUGCAAAUGCAAAUGCAGAUGCCUCAGGUAAAUUCGGAUACAGAAGCGCAGACGACUAUGAUGCAAACGACUAUGAUGACGGCAAAGCCUAGUGCAACAAGUACAUCGUCUUGUUCAAAUUCAAGGAGACCUACAACUACAAAAUCUACUUCAUUCGCAGGUGCAUCUUUUGCAUCAAAGGACCCGGUUAUUAACAAGUUACCCAAACCAAGCUUCGCUUAA